AAAGUUUUGCUGCAACAAGCAUGGCAAGAGUAGAGAUCAUGAGAGCUCCACAGGUGCAAGAAUUGGCAAAUGUAGGUCAAGAGGUUCCCCCCAUUUUUAUUUGCAAGGAGGAGGAUGGACCCUCUCCCUUCUCUAUUGAUUCCAACAUACCCAUCAUAGACAUGAGCGUCAUCUUAUCACCACCAAAACCAUCAUCUCCAUCAUGGAAAGAUGCAAGGAAUCAAGAGAAAUCCAAGCUAAAAGCUGCACUUCAAGAUUGGGGCUUAUUUCAGGCUGUGGGGCAUGGAAUUUCUGAGGAUUUGAUGGGGAGCAUGAGAAGAGCAGCAAAGGGUUUCUUUGAACUGCCAUUGCAAGAGAAGAUGAAGGUGGGGCAAGGGCAUGAAGGUGAUCAAAAGAAGUGGGUAGAAGGCUAUGGGCAUGAUCCUGUACAGUCCCCAGACCAAAUACUGGACUGGUGUGAUAUGCUCUACCUCCAAACCUUCCCUGAAAAUCAUAUAAACCUUCAGUUUUGGCCACAUAAGCCCUGUGAUUUUGGGGCGAUCAUGUAUGAAAUGAGGUUGAAAGUGAAGGAGUUUGCAGACAACACACUUAGGGUCCUUGCAGAGAUUAUCAGAUUGGAAGACGAUUGCUUCACCAAUCAUUUUGAUGAUGAGGCCACGAUGCAUGCUCGUUUCAACCCAGUCCGACAAGGUCCUCGGCCUCAAGCCCACUCUGACUCCUCAGGCAUCACCAUCCUCAUGCAAGACCCCCAUACACAGGGCCUCCAAGUCCUCAAGGAUGAGACAUGGCACCAAAUACCUGCCCUCCCUCAUGGUCUCCUUGUUAACAUUGGUGAUCAUUUAGAGGUAGCUGGGAUAUUCAAGAGCGCAGUGCAUAGGGUCAUGAAUAAGGAGAGGCCAAGGUUGACAAUGGCUAUGUUCUACUCCAUGGCACCUAACAAAGAAUUGGUUCCUUUGCACGGACAGGAAGAGGAGGGUACACCACCAAUCUACCAAACCAUGACGGUUAAAGAUUAUUCCCACUUGUUCGUGGAUUGCGUUAGUAAAAGAAAGAGGGCCAUAAACAUUAUCAAGAUAUCUUAUUAAUUUUUUUUUGGGUAAUUCAAUGGAGAAAAUAGGCCCUACCCAUUUUUAUAAAUAGAUUAGGAGUUAGUUUUUUUAAUGUAAGAUAUCUUAUUGACGAUUUA